GCCUUGUUCCAGCCGUCGCUGUCGUAUAUAACCGUCCAGGCCCCCGCCUCGCGAGACACUGCGAGCAAUUAAUAAUCCAUCGUCUUGUCCUGCGCUGCCCCUAAUAUUCGUGCAGCCAACUGCGCCCGCCCUUGCGCUCUCGGUAAUCAUUGCGAAGGUUCCGAUUCCUCAAGACCCUCCCAACCUCUUUUGCGCCGCGACACCUUUUCGCUGCGCAGUGCACUCGACGAGAUGGAGAACGCAUAUACGAAGACCCCCAGUGAGGCGUUAAGGCAUUUUCAGGUUACGGAGGCGAAGGGCUUGUCGGAGCAGCAGGUGAGGAGCUUGAGGGAAAAGUAUGGGAAGAAUGCGCUGCCCGAGGACCCUCCAACGCCCAUUUGGGAGCUCAUACUCGAGCAAUUCAAGGACCAGCUAGUGAUAAUACUGCUAGGAUCAGCGGCUGUGUCACUUCUGCUGGCGCUUUUUGAAGGGGGCGACGAUUGGACGGCGUUCGUGGAUCCGGCAGUCAUUCUCACCAUCCUCAUAUUAAAUUCCAUCGUGGGUGUAUCCCAAGAAACUAGCGCCGAGAAAGCCAUCGCAGCCCUCCAAGAGUACUCGGCCAACGAAGCCAAGGUCGUCCGUAGCGGUGCCAUUAAGCGUAUAAAGGCCGACGAUCUGGUACCCGGCGAUAUCAUCUCCGUGGCGAUUGGUGACAGGAUACCGGCAGAUUGCAGGAUACUCUCGAUUCAAAGCAACAGCUUUGCCGUGGACCAGUCCAUUCUCACUGGCGAGAGCGAGAGUGUUUCAAAGGAGACUAAGGCGGUCAAAGAUGCGAAUGCCGUCAAGCAGGAUCAGGUCAAUAUGCUGUUCUCCGGAACGACGGUGGUUACCGGACAUGCAACGGCGCUGGUUGUCCUGACUGGGGCGAGUACGGCCAUUGGAGAUAUUCACGAGAGCAUCACUGCGCAGAUCUCGCAGCCAACCCCGUUGAAAGAGAAGCUUAAUGAUUUUGGGGAUAUGCUUGCAAAAGUUAUCACUGCCAUCUGCGUUUUGGUCUGGCUUAUUAAUAUCCGGAACUUCAAUGAUCCAGCUCAUGGAAGCUUCACCAAGGGGGCAAUUUACUACUUGAAGAUUGCUGUUUCCCUUGGUGUAGCCGCUAUUCCGGAAGGCCUGGCCGUCGUCAUUACAACUUGUCUGGCUUUAGGUACUCGUAAGAUGGCUGCCAGGAAUGCAGUUGUGCGAAGUCUCCCAUCUGUAGAAACUCUCGGGAGUUGCAGCGUGAUUUGCUCCGACAAGACAGGCACAUUGACGACUAACCAGAUGAGCGUCAACAAGAUCGUUUUCAUCAGCGAAGACGGCAAAGGCCUCGAGGAAAUUGACGUAGAAGGAACCAGUUUCGCUCCUGAGGGAGAUAUCUCAUUCAAGGGGAAGCGACUGGAGCACCUCGCAGCGUCUUCAUCAACAGUUAUGCAAAUGUGCGAAGUCACUGCGCUUUGCAACGAUGCAAAAUUAUCCCUGGAUGCGAAGAACGGAACAUACAGCAUCAUUGGUGAACCUACGGAAGGUGCUCUCCGCGUCUUGGUUGAGAAGGUUGGCACUCCUCAUGCUCAUAUUAACGCCUCCCGCGCGAACGUUUCUCCUCACGACCGGUUGCACUUUGCUAGCAAGUACUACGAGGACCAAGCAACUCGACUAGCAACCUAUGAAUUCUCUCGAGACAGAAAGAGCAUGUCAGUUUUGGUCGAAGGUCCCAACACCCAGAAACUCCUUGUCAAGGGCGCCCCGGAGUCCAUCCUCGACCGAUGCACUCACGUAAUCGUUGGAUCGAACGGAAAGAAGGUUCCUCUGAACAAGCAGCUAACUGGCCUUAUCUCCAAGGAAAUCAUCGACUACGGCAAUCGAGGUCUCCGCGUCAUUGCGUUGGCUUCGGUCGAAGAUGCUGGAUCUAAUCCUCUCCUGAAGAAAGCGAAGACCACCAAGGACUACGCGAAGCUUGAACAAAACCUCACCCUUAUCGGUCUCUGUGGCAUGCUAGAUCCUCCUCGUCCUGAAGUCCGACACGCUAUCAGCCAGUGUCGAUCCGCCGGAAUCCGCGUGGUUGUCAUCACAGGAGACAAUCAAAACACCGCAGAAACAAUCUGCCGACAAAUUGGAGUGUUUGGGGAGCAUGAAGAUCUGACUGGGAAGAGCUAUACUGGACGCCAAUUCGACAGCUUAAGUGAAUCGGAGAAAUUGGAAGCCGCUAAGCGAGCCUCCCUUUUUUCUCGAACGGAACCAGCACACAAGUCCAAGCUUGUGGAUCUCCUCCAACAGGCUGGCGAAGUUGUUGCCAUGACUGGUGACGGAGUUAAUGAUGCCCCUGCCUUGAAAAAAGCAGAUAUUGGUGUCGCAAUGGGUUCUGGAACCGACGUCGCAAAACUCGCUGCUGACAUGGUCCUUGUUGACGACAAUUUUGCAACGAUCGAGGGCGCUGUUGAGGAGGGCCGUUCCAUAUACAACAAUACCCAACAGUUCAUCCGAUAUUUGAUCUCGUCCAACAUCGGCGAGGUCGUCUCGAUCUUCCUUACCGCGGCCAUGGGCAUGCCUGAAGCCCUCAUCCCUGUCCAACUUCUCUGGGUCAACCUCGUCACUGAUGGUCUCCCUGCAACCGCGCUCUCCUUCAAUCCUCCUGACCACGACGUCAUGAAACGCCAGCCCCGAAAGCGCGACGAAGCUCUCGUAGAUGGUUGGCUCUUCUUCCGCUACAUGGUCAUCGGCACCUAUGUCGGAGCCGCAACCGUUUUCGGUUACGCCUGGUGGUUCAUGUUCAACUCGGCCGGACCCCAAAUCUCAUUCUACCAACUCCGCCACUUCCACCGCUGCUCCUCGCAGUUCCCCGAAAUCGGCUGCGAAAUGUUCGCAAACGACGCCGCCAAGUCCGCCUCUACAGUUUCGCUCUCCAUUCUUGUGGUCAUUGAAAUGCUAAAUGCCAUGAACGCUCUGUCGUCUUCCGAAUCGCUGCUUACGCUUCCUCUGUGGGAGAAUAUGAUGUUGGUUUAUGCGAUUUGUCUGAGCAUGGCGCUGCAUUUCGCGUUACUCUAUGUUCCGUUUUUGCAGGGUUUGUUUAGCGUUAUUCCGCUGGAUGUCAGUGAGUGGAAGGCGGUUCUCGGGAUUAGUUUACCGAUUAUCCUUAUCGACGAAGUCCUCAAGUUUCUAGAGCGAAAGUUCUACAUGCGAACGACGAAUGAUAAGCUGGAACUCGCGCAAAACGGGAAGACUGUGAGGCCAAAGAAAGAGUAGACUAUUUAUCCUCCUUUUCUCUCCCUACUAUUACUUGAGAGUUAUUGGAAUUGGUGAAGAGUUCCGAGAAGUUUUCCUGUACGAUUAGAUAGAUAGAGUAUAGAUUCGAGGCGAAAGCAAUGUCUAGUCUUCCAUUUGCAUUCACGGGUGCGGCUGCUUGAAUAUAAGGACAAGGAGCUCUGGGCUGCUGGCUUGAGAGUAAGUGUAGAAGGUUG